CGCCACUGGAGGGAGGCUGCAGUGUCAGAGGCGGCAGGCUAGGGGAAGGGUCUGCCUGAUGGUCUGCCUGCCUGCCUGCCUGCCCACCCGUCUGCCCACCCGCCUGCCGGCCUGCUCAGAUUUCUUUCGCCUAGGGCUUGAGUGCGGGUGGAGGCUGGGGUGGGAGGGCUAGGGGUGGGGUAAAGAGGGACUCCUUUCUCAUUCCCACGCUAGCGCGCAGCGCUGCCUCCUGAGCCAGGGAGAUUCCUGGUCAUCUUUGAAGAGCGCUGAUCUAGGAGACCGCGGUAGUUGUCUGGGUUCCACACUCCCGAAUUUCCGCGGUGUGUGUCCUGAGUGUGUGUGUGUGUGUGUGUGUGUGUGUGUGUGUGUGUGUAGAGGAGACGAGACGAGAGGAGAGAGAGAGAGAGAGAGAGAGAGAGAGAGAGAGAGAGAGAGAGAGAGAGAGAGAGAGAGAGGAAGAGGAGAGCGCGCGCUCGCACGCGCGCGGCUGUGAGUGUGGCUGCUUGCUUGUGUCUGUGUAUGUGCGUGUAUCUGUGAGGGUGUGCGGCUCUCGCUCUCUCUGUCUCUGUUUCACACACACACACACACACACACACACACACACACACACACACACACACACACACACACACACACACACACACAACCAGUUUGCCUAUCUGAACUUGGGGACUUGCAAAUUCCGAAAUGACCGUGAUCUCUGGGAAGACUCGGGACUCCGCACACUGGCAAAUCCUACCGGCAUCUUCCUAAGCUUCCCAGGGAAGGAUUUUGGAGGGGAGGCUGAGAUAGAAAAGAAUAAGUUAUUUUUUUAAAACCAAUUUGAUUUUUUUCUUAAAUGCCAUGGAUAUAACUGAAUAAGCCGUCUCAGGGAUUUGGACUUGACAGAGGCAGAGUCCAUCUGCCUGCAAAUUCUCCUCUGCGUUUGGGGGGAGCUGGAGGAUUUUUCCCUGAGUCGGUCUUUGGCGAGGAAGGAUGCACAGAAGAGCUGAGAGCCUGGCGAAGACUGUUCCCCCCACCCAGGGAUAAAUGGUGCCUCUCGGAGGUACAAUACUACACAGGAAGGAGAGGUGGAAGAGUCACACCAUGAUCAUGGCAGUAUUUGCUCUUGGGCUUUCUCUCCCUGGCUCUGUCCAGCAAUAACGACCUUCUUUCUCUGGGCACUAAGGCCCAAGUGACCAGACCAUGGAGACCCUGCUCAGCAGCCUCCUGGCAUUUGGCAUGGCGUUCGCUGUUGUUGAUGCCUGCCCCAAGUACUGUGUCUGCCAGAAUCUCUCUGAGUCCCUGGGGACACUUUGUCCUUCCAAGGGUCUGCUUUUUGUCCCACCAGACAUUGACCGCCGGACAGUAGAGUUGCGCCUGGGUGGCAACUUCAUUAUCCAUAUAAGCCGCCAGGACUUUGCAAACAUGUCCGGGCUGGUUGACCUGACGUUGUCUAGGAACACCAUCAGCUACAUCCAACCCUUCUCCUUCUUGGACCUGGAGAGCCUCCGGUCUCUGCACUUGGAUAGCAACCGCUUACCAAGCAUCGGUGAGGACACCCUGCGUGGCCUGGUCAACCUUCAGCACCUCAUCGUCAACAAUAACCAGCUGAAUCACGUUGCCGAUGACGCCUUCGAGGACUUCCUGCUGACCCUCGAGGACCUAGAUCUCUCCUACAACAAUCUCCGAGGGCUGCCCUGGGACUCAGUCCGGCGAAUGGUCAACCUCCAUCAGCUCAGUCUGGACCACAACCUCCUGGACCACAUUGCUGAGGGCACCUUCGCUGACCUCCAGAAGCUCGCCCGCCUGGACCUCACCUCCAACCGAUUACAGAAACUGCCUCCAGACCCCAUCUUUGCCCGCUCCCAGGCUUCCAGUCUCACUGCUACCCCCUUCACCCCACCCUUGUCUCUAAGCUUUGGGGGAAACCCGCUGCAUUGCAACUGUGAGCUGUUGUGGCUGAGGCGUCUAGACAGGGAUGAUGACCUGGAGACCUGUGGCUCUCCGGCCAGCCUGAAGGGCCGUUACUUCUGGCAUGUGCGUGAAGAGGAGUUUAUGUGUGAACCCCCCCUCAUCACCCAACACACCCACAAACUGCUGGUGCUAGAAGGCCAAGCUGCUACACUCAAGUGCAAGGCCAUUGGAGACCCUAGUCCUCUGAUCCACUGGGUGGCCCCAGAUGACCGCCUCAUUGGGAAUACCUCCCGAACUGCUGCCUAUGACAAUGGCACCCUGGACAUCCUCAUUACCACCUCACAGGAUUAUGGUGCCUUCACCUGCAUCGCUGCCAAUGCUGCCGGCGAGGCCACGGCCACCGUGGAGGUGUCCAUCGUCCAGCUGCCUCACCUGAGCAAUGGCACCAGCCGUACCACAUCCCCCAAAUCUCGCCUCUCUGACAUCACCGGUUCCAGCAAGGCUGGCCGAGGGGGAGGAACUGGAGGAGGUGGUGGCGGAGGAGCAGGGGCAGGGGAGGCCUCCAAAGGACCCCCAGAGAGGGCUGUGCUUGUGUCUGAUGUGACCACUACUUCAGCUCUGGUCAAGUGGUCAGUGAGCAAAUCAGCUCCCCGGGUGAAGAUGUAUCAGCUACAGUACAAUUGCUCAGAUGAUGAGGUGUUAAUCUACAGGAUGAUCCCAGCUUCCAACAAGGCCUUCGUGGUGAACAAUCUGGUGUCGGGGACCGGCUAUGACCUGUGCGUGUUGGCGAUGUGGGAUGACACGGCCACCACACUCACAGCCACCAACAUCGUGGGCUGUGCCCAGUUCUCCACCAAGGCUGACUAUCCUCAGUGCCAGUCCAUGCACAGUCAGAUCCUGGGAGGCACCAUGAUCCUGGUCAUCGGGGGCAUCAUCGUGGCCACGCUGCUGGUCUUCAUCGUUAUCCUCAUGGUGCGCUACAAGGUGUGCAAUCACCAGGGCCCUGGCAAGAUGAAUGCGGCGGUCAGCAACGUUUACUCGCAGACCAAUGGGGCACAGCCGCCACAGCCGCCACCAUCCAAUGCGGUUCAGAACGGGGCGCCACCGCAAGUGCACCCUAAAGCAUCCAUGAGGAACGAGUUUGGAAACGGCAGUGGGACGUCUGGGGCAGGGGGAACGGGGGCCAGGGGUGGCGGUGGCGGCUUGGCUCACAGCAGCGGCUCCUCCUCCUCUUCUAGUUCCUUGGGCAGCACGGACGGGGCGGGUAGCCGGGGUCCCUGGAGGCUCCCACCGCCCAGCACUCGCCCCAAGCCCAAUCUCGACCGCCUCAUGGGGGCCUUCGCCUCACUGGACCUCAAGUGCCAGAGGAAGGAGGAGCCUCUAGACUCCAGGACUCCGGCCGGGACCGCGGCCACAGGGCGUCACUCGGACCGCGAGCCCCUGCUGGGGCCGCCAGCUGCACGGGCGCGUAGCCUUCUGCCGCUGCCUCUGGAAUGCAAGGCGCGUCGCAGCCACUCUUUCGAUAUGGGGGACUUCACGGCGGCGGGGGCGGCUUCUGGGGUGUCCGGGGGGACUGUGGCACAGGGAGGCUACAGCCCGCCGAGGAGAGUGACGAACAUCUGGACCAGGCGCAGCCUUUCGGUUAAUGGCAUGCUCCUGCAGUUUGAGGACAAUGACCUCGUGGGGCCCAGGGGCACUUAUGGCAGCUCCGAGUGGGUGAUGGAGAGCACGGUGUAGAUGGCGGUGGCGUCAAGAGAGCGCCCCGCACGCCCCUACUACCUCCCUCUCCCACCCCCUCCUCUCCCUUAUGUCAAUUCCUACCCCCUCCUCCUACUCCCACCCUACUCAGCCCGUCAGUGGGAUGCUGGCCAACAAGGUGGAAGAAAUCUUUCCUUUUUUUAUAUAUAUCAAGUCAACUCUC